AGCCCCCUGCCCCCAAUACCUCCCACCUUUCCUCUUCUAGCUCCCCCCAUCCCCUCCUCCUCUUCUACCCACCUGCCACCCAAAUACCUUCCACCCCUCCUCGUCCCCAGCCCCAAAUAUCUCCCAUUCCCCUCUUUUAGCCCCCAGCCCUGCCUCUAGCCCCCAAAUACUUCCCAUCCCCCCUCUUCUAGCCCUCCGCCAUACCUCCUCUAGCCCCCAGCCCUGCCUCUAUCCCCUUCCAAACACCUAUCCUGAGCCCCCAGCACUCCCUCUAGACUCUCCCAAACACCAUGACUCUUCCACUCCCUCCAUUUGUAGACCCCCUCCCCCAGCACCUACACUGAUCUCUAACAUCCUUUCCUGUAGCCCAGUGGUUUUCAACUUUUUUUCAUUGGUGGACCCCCAAAACAUUUCAAAUGGAGGUGCGGAGCACUUUGGAAAUCUCAGACAUGCUCUGCAGACCCCCAGGGAGCUGCGUACCAUAGGUUGAAAACCACUGACCUAGACCCCCCCAAAUAUCUACCCUAGCACCUCUGUCCUCUAGGCCCCCUGUCCACCCCCUCUUUCCUCUUCUAGCCUUCAGAGAUAAAAGGAACCAGAAAGGUUCCCGAGAGCUGGGCGGGCGAAUGUGUUCUGCUUAAUGUGUUGCCCCCUCCACAGGCUGGCUGGGGGGAACGGACUCUAAUGUUAUUUAUCCAAUCCGAAUAAAUAAUCCCUCUCCAAUUGUAAUCUCAGAUCCUUCCCUAAUUUGCCUCUGGCGCUAAUCCUGCGUCCUCCCCAGCUAAACCUGCCUGUUCCCUUUACCCUGGCAAUAACCCUGCCCCCUCCUCUAAUCCCACCUCUUUCCUAAUCUGUUUCUGGCACUAAUCCCACCUUCUCCUCCAAUUCCCCUCCCCCCCCCCCCGCCUCCCGCAAUGAACUCUAGCCCCCUCUUCUAAUUGGCUUCCCGAGGACCCGUCUCUAAUCCUGCCCCCUCCUCUAAUUCCCUCACUCUAGAACUAGCUCUGCUUCCCAUGCUUGGCUCUAACCUCCUAAUCUUCCCCAUAUCUAAUUCCAGCCCCUGGUCCCCUCCUAGCCCCCACACUUCCCGUUCUGCUGUCUGACCCACAGCUGGGCUCUUGCUCCUUUCAGCUGGCAUGGAGGGGCUGCACCAGAUGGUCACUGAAAACACCGGCUGGGGACUUAGCUCUGGAUCCAGCUCUUGUCCCUGUGCGAGUGCCUGGACUCGGAGGGGAAGGAUCCCUGGCCCGAGCCUGGCUCUCCAGAGCCCUUGUCUGGGCCGAUUCCACCCUGUGUCCCCUGUGAGUGGCAGUUCCUGAGGACGUGCGCCAGAAACCCGAGCCAGCUGCUCCAUAUGGAGACGGGGAACCCAGAAACCGUGUUCUCCCACGUGCAUCGUUGUGCAGCCCUCACCAGCGACACGUUCGACCGGCUCCUGGCAGGGGACCCGCAGUACUGGGGCUGUAAGAACAGCGUGGCAGCCUUCAUCCUGGAGCGAGAGGUGAUGGACACGCAGCAGGAUUGCAGGGAGAGCUUUGAGCUGGUGGCGCUGGGCACUGGCGAUAUCUGCUACGGUGGCUGGCUGGAUUUCAGUGGCCUGCGGCUCCAUGACAUGCACGGCCUGGUGGUGGCUCGCCGGGCGCUGCAGAGCAGGUACCUGUACAAACAGCUGUUGCUGGGGUGUAGCGUGAAGGAGCCGGCGGACCGGGAGAAAUGCAUCUUCCAGCCCUCGGCGGAGGGGGGGCGGCUGGCCCUCAAGCCGAAGGUCUUUGUGCACCUGUAUCUGAGCUGCACACCCACAGGGGCCUCCGAAAACUUCCCCAUCCCGUUCCCUGGGAGGAAGCCCUCGGUCGGCCUCUACGUCCAUGCCAAGGGCGCGCUGAUGCCUGUCCCCAGCUGCCCCCCAAGCCUGCUGGCCGCCUGCGUCUGCUGCGCCUCCGGCAGCGACAAGCUGAGCCGCUGGAGCGUGCUGGGCCUGCAGGGGGCGCUCCUCAGCCACUUCAUGGAGCCGCUGUACCUCUCCAGCAUUAUCCUAGCGGACCCCGGCCCCGACCAGCCCGCCCUGAACUGGGUCAUCAACGAGCGGCUGCAGCUGGGCCCCGAGGCCGGCCUGCCAGCCCCCUAUGCCCAGCACCAGAUCUGCUUCUUCCUGGGGCCCCGUGUCGGCCCCCUCAGCUCCAGCGCCGAGUGCUGCAGGCUCAGCCUCAACUGGUGCCGUGGGGACGCAGCCCCAGAGCGGGUGGACGGCGCCACUGGGCUGGCCGUGCUGAAAAACCCUGCCGCGGAGGACCGGGUCUUCCCCAGCCAGAUCUGCAAAGCUGCCAUGCUGCGAUACUUCCGGCAGUUGGUGCAGCAGAUGAACGAGAAUGCUCUGCUGGCGCUGCCCACUUACCACCAAGCCAAGACCCAGGCUGCGUCUUACCAGAGUGCCAAGGAACAGCUCUUCGCUCACCUGAUCACCCAAGGUCUUGGCAAGUGGCCUGAGAAGCACCUGGUGGACAACUUCACCGGUUAGGCAGUGAAAUAGCCCCGGGGGGUCUGGGGAAAUACCCAGGAGAGGCCGGGAAGGAGUGAAAUCUAGAGACUGUUGGAAAUUUCGGGAGUUGGGGUUAGGGCUUUUAAACUCUGUUUGCUAUGCUGCAUGGGGGAGGGGCCAGGGCUGUGCAAUUAACAGACUAGGCUGUGAAGAAGGCCCACUUUUCAUUUGAUUGUUCUUUGAAGUGCGAGGGCGAUCGAGUCCCCAGAGAGCUCCGGCUGGUUCAGCCCUGUUGGCGCAGAGCAGCUGCCAACCUGCUUUCACGGAUGGGUCAGGUCACCAGACUGCACAGCACUGCCACAGCAAUGCCAGUGCAGUUAGCCCAGAAUUUCUCCCUCUGUAUCAACCUUGUCCAGUGGUGAAUUACACUUGUUUAUUAGCUAGA